GGUACACCCGGUUGCAACAUACCCUACCAGUUAUCUGCACCGCCCUCACAUUUUCCUGAUGGCUCCAUUCAACAGGAAGGUAAAGAAAAUGUCGGAAAAACAAGAGAUUGACGCUUUAGACAAGGCAGUAAUGCAAUAUGAAUAUGCAGGGCCAUCGAAAGCCUUUUUUGACUUACCUAUUUCUAACCCUACAAAACGAGGCCUUAAAAAGUCAUUUUUUGUUGAAAUGACAGAUAUUCAAGCACAGAGCAUUCCUGUUGCGUUGAAGGGAAGAGAUGUCUUAGGUGCUGCUCGCACAGGCAGCGGCAAAACUCUCGCUUUCUUGAUCCCCACGCUGGAAAUAUUAUAUCGCAAAAAAUGGGGCCCUCAAGAUGGGCUGGGAGCCCUUAUCAUAUCUCCUACCCGUGAACUAGCUGUUCAGAUCUUUGAGGUCCUUCGUUCUAUCGGCGGCAAUCAUAGUUUUUCUGCUGGAUUAGUGAUCGGUGGAAAAAACUUGAAGGAUGAGAGAGAUCGCUUGUCUCGUAUGAACAUCCUGGUCGCAACUCCAGGCCGACUUCUUCAGCACAUGGACCAAACAUUCGGGUUCGAGUCAGAUAAUCUGCAAGUUCUCGUUUUAGACGAAGCGGAUCGCAUACUCGAUAUGGGAUUCUCUCGUACCCUGUCCGCUCUCCUCUCUCACCUCCCAAAGUCACGGCAAACUCUACUUUUCUCAGCCACUCAGACAGAUUCAGUCAAGGACCUGGCUCGCCUCAGUCUCAAAGAUCCUGCCUCUAUCGGUGUACAAGAAACCAACAACGAAAGCGCCACCCCCAAAAGUCUAGAACAACACUACAUCGUGUGCGAGCUAGACAAAAAACUAGAUAUACUAUGGAGCUUCAUCAAAAGCCACCUGAAAGCCAAGAUUCUCGUGUUUAUUUCAAGCGGAAAGCAAGUGCGGUUUGUAUUUGAAACAUUUUGCAAGAUGCAUCCUGGUGUCCCGCUACUGCAUCUGCAUGGAAAGCAGAAGCAAACCACUCGGCUCGCGACCUACACGCGUUUCACGUCAUCAUCCCAUGCCAUCUUGUUUGCGACGGACAUAGCAGCGCGUGGACUGGAUUUUCCUUCUGUAGAUUGGGUCUUGCAAGUUGAUGCCCCUGAAGAUGCUGAUACGUAUAUCCACCGGGUCGGUAGAACGGCUCGAUACGAAAGCGCUGGAAAAGGAUUGCUGUUUUUAUUACCGAGUGAGGAAGAAGGCAUGAAGUCUGCGCUCGAGAAAAAGAAGAUCAAAAUUGAGAGCAUCAAAAUCAGGUCAAGUAAAACGCAAAGUAUUCAGAAUCAGCUGCAGAGGCUUGCAUUCCAGUCCCCAGAGAUCAAGUACCUUGGACAAAGGGCCUUUAUCUCGUAUGUUCGGUCCAUUCAUCUUCAAAAGGAUAAGUCCAUAUUCAAGAUCGAGGAACUUCCUGUUGAUCGUUUUGCGGAAUCACUCGGCUUACCUGGAGCACCCAAAAUCAAAUUCUUGAGCAGGGAGCUAGCGAAGAAGCAGAAAAACGCGUCUCGCACUGUGGCCAAGCUUCAAGCCGAGAUCAAGGCUGAGCAAUCAGAAUCUGAGCAAGAUUCGGAUGAAGACGGCGAAGAUGGCAACAGCGCGAGCGAGGUGUCAUCUGAGGUGGAAAGUGAAUCCGCUGACGUACCAGAGGGCAGUGAAGAGCCCGAACCAGAAAAAGAAGUUAAAGCUGUUGUUCGUACCAAGUACGACAGAAUGUUUCAACGAAAGAAUCAAAAUAUACUGUCGGAGCACUAUACGAAAAUCGUUGAUCACUCUUCACAUGCGAACGAUGACGACGACGAUUUCAUCACCCUCAAGCGUGCCAACCACGACUUGCCCGAUUCUGAACUCCCAGAGAUGGAAAACAUGUCUAAACGAAAGCUGAGGAUGAGCAAAUCAAAGCGUGCUAUCAUGCAGCGAAGCGAACUUGGUCACAAACUUAUAUUCGACGACGAAGGCAAUCCGCAUGAGCUAUAUGAAAUGGUGGAUCCAGCAGAAUUUUACAAGGGAGGGUUGGAAGGUGCUAAGGAAGCCGGCGCCCAGUUUGCUGAGAGUCAGCGCGGAAAGCUGAAAGAAGCCGACGUCACGGAUAAGAUGGAGGCGAAAGAGAAGAAGAAAGAAAAGAAACGAAAGAGAAAAGAGCGAGAAAGAGGCGUGGAUACGGAAGGUCAUGGCAGCUCGAACCCUGUUCUCGAGGCUUUCUCUGACGAUGAUGGUUAUGUUUCUCCUGAUUUUGAUUUACCGAGCGGGUCCGAAGAUGAGGUACCUCCUGCAAAGCGGAGAAAGGAUACCAAGUCACCAAGACGGAGUGACAAACCGCACACUAUCGAAGAGGACGAAGAGACGGUACUGGCGCUGUUACGCAAGUCAUAGAUAUUGUCAAUGCCACUGGGAUGUGUUUGACGACUGUAACUAUUGCGUGAUGGUUGUGCUGGUGAGCACAUGGCAGUAAAUGGUCUGUGCGGCCAUCUCUAUGGUCGAGCUUCGAAAUUGGAGGAGUAAAACCAUGAACAUUCAAUAAUUAUAAGUGAUUUCAAUCGGUUCAGUGUCUUGUUGAUACGAUCAGCGUUUGGGGGGUCGUUCUCACCACCACUCCUUUCUGUCUCGUAACGCUACUUGGGUUCGAUGUUGGGAAGCUUGUCGUUCUGGUUAAUAUUCAGCACUGGAUUGCAGUUUCAAUCAUCUAAA